GUCUGAUCCACCGCCGUCCCCACCCGAGGUCCCACCUCCCAAUAUCGAAAAGUAUAGGAAGACAGUGCACAAUGUAGCUCUUGCAGCUCUGGUCGCCUGCCCGGUACUCGCCCUGCUUCCGCCUCGCAAACUCGACAUAUACACCAUACUUCUGAUAGCCACCACGGGCCACUCGGCCAACUACUUGGUGCGUGAGAAAAGUGGUCGAUCCCUAUGGCAAAUGGCUACGCGACAGCAACCUGCACAAAUGCAGCAACCGAUGGAAGGUGUAGCGUCAUCGAGCGUUGUUGGGGAGCUGCAGAAGGAAGCUAGAGCGCGUGGUUAUGAGAGUGGUUGGAAGGCUGAGAGGCAGAAGGAGAUCAAAGAGGAUGUGGAAGAGGGCAAGGAGUUUUCGGAUAUGAUCAUUGAUCAGGUCUGGGAAGUGUGGAAUCAGGGAAAGAAGAAGAGUGGUGAGGACUGAAAGAUUCAAGCAACUGUGCGCGAGGAUUUGAUCAUGGCGAGAUGCAUGUCCCCGUCACUCCGUGGCUUCCCGUAUAGUUGGGAUAGCAGGCAUCGUCAGUGCCUAAGCGCUGUGAAUGUUAGCUUCGGGCCAUACCACAUGCGCACAACUUCUCAUUGACGCAGGAAGUGGCCCAGCCAUCGAUUCGGCAUGCAGCGUUGGAAUCCAGGCUUUGCAAUGAGCCAUGAAGUGCUGCUACAGUACAAGGGAGAGGGCACCAAACCAUGUCGAAACACCCAACCUCGUAGCAAUAUCACUCUGCAGAUGCUGUUUCACGGGAAGGCAUAUCAGACGAAAAGUUGUUCGUUAUCCGCCUUCCACAAGCGAUGCACGACAAUGUUAGUAACCUGGUGUCCGAUGUGAGACUUACAGCAUGCACGUAUGAACCACCCAGCACGCAUGUCUUGCUUGACUGGAGAGGCAAGCAUGUCUGACUGCGAACUUUCGUUCAUGCACUGCACUUGGGCCGCGCGCCUCAUCCUCAUGGGCCCAUAGCCACUUCGACUCACCAACAUCAUCGAGACCACGGCGCGGUUGAUGACAAACAGGUUCCCGCAGCCAUGUGGAUUUGCAGCUGGCGGGUAGCUGCUCAUAUCACGUAGCGCUCAGUCCCGGUUCCCGAAGGCAUGUCUCAAGUCUGAGGCAACUACUGAUGCUCGAGCCAGGCUAAAGGCUGGGAAACAAAGAACUGGCGGUCAGCUCCCGCUGCGAACAGUUGUUCGUCCACAUGUUUAUCUUGCCUGCUCAUGCACAUCUGCCUGCGAACUGGUAGCACAGCAGAGCAACUUCGACCCUCCCACGGUAUCUCCGCAGUCGUUGGCUUACUGUGCUCACGAUGGCUUGUGAAGUUGACCAUUCGCCUUUUGCGGACACCACUAUUGAUGAUGACUGGAUGAAGGCAGAAGAUGGCAACGGCAGCCUGAACGAUAUCAGCGACUUCAACAGCAACUUUGGGCAUCAGAGCUAUGACACUAUCAACCCAUCGUUGACAUAUAGUAACCAUUCGACCCCGGCGACCAGCGACCACCAUGCCUACACCUUCAAUGCUACCGCAAAUUCCGAUCUCAACCAGACGCUCUCGCCACAGCCAACGUACGAGGCGUAUCCAUCAUCCUUCAACAACGCUCCAGAGACGCCGUACUUCAGUUCGGUGGAGAUGAACCAUGCUGCACCCAACCAUCAUUCGCUGCUCCGCAACCAACAUUUCAGUCAUCGCCGUUCAGUCUCAGAGCCUCCUGGCAUGCCGGAGCAGUCACCGAUCACAUUCCACCGUAAGGAACAUUGGAUAGGCGCUCCGGUGCGCUCGAAGCCGACUGCGCUGAAGAGUCUGCCGAAGCACAAGGCGAAUCGUAGCCACCCAUACCCAGCCCCAGCGCCAACGCGCAAGCCCGCAAAACAGCAGCCUUACUCGCACGUGCAGCAACGGGCAAUGGCCCAGGAUGCAAGACCAGACAUGCAGCGAUCUCAGACGCAGCCGCUUCACCAUUACCAACAAUACGCACCGACCAGUGCUCCUAUGAUGUCUCCCCAGCACUUUAUGAGCAUGUCGCCAGACCAGUUACAUGCGCCUCCAUCUAGUCACAUGAUGAUGGCAGCGAAUCCAUUCAUACCGAGCACUAGUCGCGUCUGCACUCCGACACCCAUCGAUCCUUCCCUACGUGAACCUCCCAUACCGAGCAAGAGAGUGAAGCGAGAGACCACUUUGAACAUCAUGAUGACGGUCGAUGAGCUGCGAGCGCUAGUCUGCGAGGCGGUACAGAAGGCAGUUGGGGGCAGCGGAGAGCGCAUGAACGGGGAGAGCACUCAACGGGAACAGGAGAGAACAGAGGCGGAUUCUGAAGAGCGGUCUGUCAGCCCCAAAGCCGUUCCAGUUGAAGAGGUGGAGGAGGUUGAUGCUGGUGUCGGUGUGAUGAAAGAUGAAACGUGAGUCCAGCAGCUUGGGCCGUGGUGUGUGCUGUCGACUAUGAGCGCGGCCAGGCUAGGCGGCACAGGUCAGAUGGCAGUUGUUCUCAAGUGCUCGCAUUGUCCCGGUCGUUGGUACAACUAUUGGAUUAAGC